UUGAAAAUUAUAAGCGGAUGUUGUUGUCAGCUGACUGUACACCCUCCUCGCGUAUUUCUUUUGCAUCGUCUCACCCUCAAGGUUUUUCUUUAUAAUUCAAAGCAAAUAUUAUUAAAAUGUCUGCGAAACCAACGUGUUUGAUAGUGGCGAGUGCUUCUUCUCAAGGGGUGUCUGCGAAAUCUUUCCAUCAGUCCUUCAGCCUUUGUAGUCCGGUCUUUAACCUACAGACAGCCACACCUGGGGGGAAGCCAAUAGACUUUGUUGGGGUUGAUGAAAGCACAGCUAGAUGGGUGCAGGACUUCAGUGUGAAACCCUACGCAACACCAGCCAAACUUGAAUCCAUAGAUGGUGCCCGAUACCAGGCGCUGCUCAUCCCACACUGCCCUGGAGCGCUGAAUGACCUGGCACACAGCGGCUCUCUGCACCGCAUUCUCACGCACUUCAUCUCUCAACAAAAGCCGGUGUGUGCAGUGGGGCAGGGAGUGUCUGCACUGUGUUGUGCCACUGAAGGACAGAGGUGGAUUUUCAGUGGCUACAGCUUAACAGGGCCUUCAGUGUUUGAACUGGUGCGGGAACCUGAUUUUGCCAACCUGCCCUUGAUAGUAGAAGACUUCGUGAAAGACAGCGGUGGAUCGUACACAGCAAGUCAAGAAGAUGCCAUGCAUGUGGUCAUAGACAGGCACCUCAUAACUGGACAGAAUAUGCAGUCAACCUUGCUCGCUGUAAAUAAUCUAAUCCUGCUCUGUAAUGCCAAAUAAAAACCUGAAAUAAUGCACGAGGAAUGCUCCGAUUCGACAGCUUUGUCGUCCCACUUUUAUAUUCAUGUAAUUAAACAUUUAUUUUGAACAAGUAUCAGAAAAAUGCUGGGUCAGAAAGAGAUGUUUGGCAAAACUGCAACAUACCACUUUGUUCUUUGUUGAUGCUGUUAUUAUAAACCAAGUAAAAGCAAGAUAGGAUUGUGUAGAUUUAAACAUAAUAAAAAAAUAAAGCAUCAGGAGCAGAUGUAUUGUUGCUGAUGGAUGAAUCUUUUUAAGAGCACAGAUGAUUUUAGGCGUUGGACUGAAGCGAUGCUGCAGAAGUCUGAAGGCCUCCAUAUAUAAAUAAACCCCUUAUUUAAGAUGGAUACAUACUGAUAAUCAUGCAGCUUCUUUUGUUGAAUGCAGAGAUGUUCUGUACUAAUCUGUACUUUUUUUUUCCUUUUCUUUUUUUUUUUAAAUCGUAUCAUCACAGAAAAGAAAUAAAAUACACUGAAGUACC